UAUUUUGACAACAUCUGAGCGAAGCCCCCCGGAAACGACAUCAGCCUCCACAAGCAACAGUCAGAGCGUUUACACCGUUUCACACAGAAAAUAAAAACAACACCGGACAGUUUUACUUUACGGUUAUUGAAAGCAGCUGUCACCGUAACCUUAAGUUGUACUACAACGCGCACACUUGUCCGCGGGACCUACAGGCGGCCCAGACGCAGAGGAGCGCGAAGGAUGGCGAAUUACCGGGCGUUUCACUCCCAGCUCGCGACCAUCAUGGAGACCCUGACUCGUGCGGCGGUGGCAGAAAUCUGCGAGCUUGUGGACGACGGUUACGCCGUUUUACACAUCGAGAUCUCACGCCAUCAGAAGGAGAACGAGGAGCUCCGACGGAAACUGCAGCUCAUAGAGUCUAUCGUUGCGGCGCGGGGGUACAGCGACGACACAACCGUAGCGCGAGACGGUCGGUGUGACAGUAGUGCUCGCGAGUCGCUAGUGGGCAGAAAAACGUCCGGAGGCGGAGAGUCCACCAGCCGGGGUGCUGUGUCAGAGGCGCGUGAGUUUCGUGAUGGAGGAGAUUUGAUCCAAAUGCAAAUCAAAGAGGAAGGUCUUGAGCAGCCGCCGCUGGGAGAUGAGGACGACGACGAGGACGAAGGUGAAAGUGUCUCUGCGGUAGCUCACGACUCUCCUAAACUAGAUGUUGCUGAGCUCUCGGGACAGGACUCUCACACACUCUCACACUCCCCUGACCAUGACACACACUCCCAUACGCUCACAUUUGCAGACACACACUCCGGCGCCGAUGAAUCCCAGCACUCCAGCCUCGACUUGUCUGUUUCGGAUAACGCUUCCCUCUCCCUUGCUCAAACCAUGUCGGAUACUCGCGCUUCCCAUCUCCAUCGAGUGUUUCAGGAAGAUUUGUGUGCGAAGACUGAUCUGGACCCGGUAUCCGAUUGGGCCGCACACUCUGUCCGUAGCACACUCACACACUUGCAGACCUCACCACAGAGGAUUGGUGGGUCAGACUCUUUUGUAUCCCAUAAUUCUCCCUUGUUUGCUGCACAGCGGCUCGUUGCUCUGGGUAACGUCUCAGGGCUGGGUCUCUAUGGGCGGUUGGGCGCUCUACGGGGGGGUGGAGCCGGCAAGCGACACUUCAUCUGCUCAAUCUGCGGGAAGAGUUUCACCACAUCGCAGAGUUUGGACACGCACAUGCGCAUUCACACUGGAGAACGGCCGUAUCGCUGUGAGCAGUGCGGGAAGCGUUUCACGCAGUCGGGACACCUUACGGCUCACCAGACUGUCCACACCGGAGAGAGACCGUACGAGUGCACCCGCUGUGGAAAGCGAUUCGCAGGCAAACAGUACCUGCGCAUACACACCAAGAAACACCACCCAGACUUACACGCACUCUCUUAUAUACAGACUAACACACCGCAGGACACGUUGCCCUGAAAGAUACACACACUAACAAGAGAAUGCAGGACGUUUU